UCAGCCCUAGGGCAAACGGUAUCAAGGUGUUUUAUUUCCAGAAGUCUCAAAAUAGACUGGAAUAAAAAUUUGGUGAAUUCAUCAACACAGACAAUGGGUCCACUUCCUGCAGCUACAGCUGCUGCAGCUACAGCUGCUGCAGCUACUCCUGCUGUCCGCACCGUUCCACAGUAUAAAUAUGCUGCGGGAGUUUGCAAUCCUCAGCAACAUCUUAAUGCACAGCCACAAGUUACAGUGCAACAGCCUGCUAUUCAUGUACAAGGUCAGGAACCUUUGACUGUUUCCAUGUUGGCAUCUGCCCCUCAAGAGCAAAAGCAAAUGUUGGGUGAAUGGCUGUUUCCUCUUACUCAAGCCAUGCACCCUACUCUUGCCGGUAAAAUCACUGGCAUGUUGUUGGAGAUUGAUAAUUCAAAACUUCUUCAUAUGCUCAAGUCUCCAGAGUCACUCCAUUCUAAGGCUGUUGAAGCUGUAGCUGUACUACAAGCCCACCAAGCUAAAGAGACUGCCCAGAAAGCAGUUAACAGUGCCACCGGUGUUCCAACUGUUUAAAAUUGAUCAGGGACCACGAAAAGAAACUUGUGCUUCACCAAAGAAAAAUACCUAAACAUCGAAAAACUUAAAUAUGGAAAAAAAUUGCAAAAUAUAAAAGAAGGAAACU